UAGGAAGCCCUAUAUAUACAAGUCAAAAUGUAACAAAUAAUUGUAGACUUGUAGUAACAGCACCAUUGAACAAAUCUUCUACAUAAAAAAGAGCAUAGCAUAGAAGUAUUUUAUAUUUAUUUGGUUGCUCCAAUAAUGGUUGAUAGUAUUGUUGUUGAUAGAGAUAAUGAAAAUCAAAUUAAUAAAUUUGAUGGAGCAACAAAUACUAGAAUUCUUCCAGUUUCAGCCACUCCCCCUUCAAAGCCUUCAACUCCCUGGUACAAAAAGGAGGAAACUAUAGUAGAGAAAAGAGUUGGGAGGACUGCGAAAUUCCUUCACUGGAUAGGCUACGAAGAAAUUUUCUCAUCACAGGUAUGGAGAGCAUCCGUGGCAGAACUCCUAAGCACAGCCAUUUUAGUAUUCAUGUUAGAUACCAUUUUCAUAUCCUCUAAGAUUAGUCAUGAAACACCAAACAUUGUAUUUGCUUGUUUUGUUGCUCUCAUUGUAGCAUUUCUUCGCCUUGCUACACACCCCAUUUCGGGUGGCCAUAGCAACCCAACGAUCACCAUCUCCGCGGCCUUUAUGGGCCUCAUAUCCUUAUCGCGAGCCAUGAUAUAUCUUAUAGCCCAAUGUAUAGGGUCUAUACUCGGCGCAUGGGCACUUCAGGCAAUGGUUAAAGGUUCAAUAACAAGUAGCUACUUGUUAGGGGGGUGUACACUCGCGGUGGCCACCCCCGGCCCAGAAGGCCUCACCACAAUUGGGAUCGAGACAGCACAAGGCCUAUGGGCCGAGAUUAUCUACACUUUCAUUUUCCUAUUCUCGGUGUGGAUGACCUUUGACCAACAGCGGUCAAAGGCCUUGGGCCAACUUGUGAUGUGCUCGAUCACCGGUAUCGUGGUUGGGCUGACUAUGUAUCUGUCCACCACAGUGACAACCAAAAAGGGCUACACUGGAGCAAUUAUCAACCCAGCAAGAUGUAUUGGGCCUGCAGUUGUGAGAGGGGGGCAUCUUUGGAAUGAUCAUUGGGUCUUUUGGGUUGGGCCUAUACUAGCUAGCGUUGCAUUUUAUCUUUAUAGUAUGGUUCUUCCACUUGAGCAUUUCAAAGCAAGGAUAGCUAAAGAAUAAGCCUAAUAUUUGUAUUUGGAAUAUAUUGUAUUAGGCAUAUGCAAGUUUGUAUUAAAUAUUAUGAUGUUGUUGAUAAAUAAAUUAUAUAAUGAGAAAGCAAACAGUUUUGUAAUGUUUGUUUUUAAAACAAGAUUUGUAAUAUGAUGAUUUGAAAAUUAUUAUCUUAUAAGAUUAAAUUUCAUUACAUGUAUCUGAGAGCACGUACUUUCAAAUGAUGUAUAAACAAUUUAAGAAUGAAAUAACAUAUGCAAUUGU